GCCAACUUACCUCCAUCUGAGAGUGCGACUUGCCCGAAAAGCAAGGCUGAAAUUUUUGAGAGGUGAACGAGCUCUGCAUUUCGUCACUUUAAACGAUUGCGCGCCUGCGCAUCGAAUUUUCCACAGCAAAUCGAUACCCGCCUCGUCUUUUCCUUACCAGCAUGCAAUCGCGCAUAUAGGCAUUUCGUUUCGUUCGAAGUUGAAAAGCACCAUGCCGACAGCCAAGAGGCAGAAGAAGAGCAGCGAGGCUCAAGCUGCGCCGUCAACCCGAUCCCAAACAAAGGCCACCAGCGACCGUCCGACGGUUGCCGACAUCGAGGGGGAAAGCGCAUUCGCUCAAUUGGCAAAGAAGCAUUGGCUGAAGACGACAAGGAGCAAGAGGGCGACCAAGAUCAAGGUCAAGAACGAUGUUCUCAAGCAAGAGAUAUGGGAUGUUUUGGAACGUGAUGGUUUUCCGUAUAAGUCUAUCUUGACUUUGGAGAGCUUGCAGACUCUCGAGAGUUACCUGUGGCCCGGAUACUCCGACGAUUCCUCCAACCAUCAUGUCUUACUGUUGGUCCUGCUGGCUAACGUGAAGCGCCGUGAGCAACUCGAGGCAUGGAGCAUAUUCGAGGAUCGGCCAGACGAAUUCUCGAGCCUUUUUCGCCGAAUCCUAUCUCUGACUCUCGACCAAACGCUUUCGCCUGCGAUCCGGACACAUCUGCUGUCAUUCUUGAUCUCGGCCUUUCAGAGCUUGGACUGCGCGAUUGUGAGGAAAGAGUGCGCACCGUUGGUUUCAAUUUCGAUAUGGCACAGCUUGUCGACGGAAGAACUACGCGAAGAGAAGCUCGAGCAGCACGCGCAUGUGAGAAAAGCAUGGCGUGCUGCAGGAAAAAGAUACGACGCUGCCGACGACGCUACAAAGGCGAAAUUGCGGUUUGAUCGAUCAUGGCUGUACAGCUUGGUCCUGCACUUUCUCAGCUUGAUAUACACAGAAAACGCAAAGCCAGACCAAGUCCUAUACUGCGAGCGUUUUGUCGAGUUCCUGACAGACUUACAAAGCCAACUUCCCACUCGACGUUAUGUCAACACACUCCUGCUUGACCUCCACAUUCUCCCCGCCAUGCGCCUCUCUCCUGUCUUUAAUGACGAGGAGAACAGUCUUUUGAGGGAUUUGAACGCACUUCUCAGACAUUACACCUUUUUCACAAUUGAUGACCAAACAGGCGCACAGCUGAGCCGGACAGAAGCGUAUGACAAGCACUGCGCAAACUUGUCAAGGCUUCAGAAGACGUCACUGAAGCAUUUCAAGGAAAAGCUCACUGUGUUAGCGUUGUCGAACUAUGGCUCCAUUGACAAGAGAGAUGAGCUGGCCGGACUUCUGGAACCUCUGACCGACGAAGAGAUUGUUGAGUUGGCAGGAUUGCUUCGCCUCCGGACGACGUAUCCAGACUCUUUAUCAGUGAGCAUCGACAGGAAAUUUCUCCUAGAGGCGCUUCUCACCACAUUUGAACGGCGGAAGACCUUCCAGGAAAUCUCUCGCGACAUGGCGUUGGUCCCCACGGAGCAAUCUCUGUUCGAGAACAACGUGAUGAGAACCGAGAACUACGAUGGUUCCCAUCCUCUCGCUUUGCCAAAACUUAACUUGCAGUACCUGUCAGUUGGCGACUUCCUCUGGAGAUCGCUCGUCUUGUACCGUGCCGAGUCAUUCUACGGCAUCAGGAAAGAUGUUGAGUCCGCCAUUCGUCGCCUUCGGCCCGAAAGCCGCAGACCGGGUGAAACCAGCUUCCAAGGGUUCUCCAAGAUGGCCUUGCCGACUACAAAACCUUCAAUCCUCGAAGUUGUGCCUGCCCUCGUAGGCGACGACAAGCCGUCAUUGGUUCGGGCGGAAAUCUCCAUUGAUGUUCGCCGCCUGAACGAUGGUAUCAAGCGUGAAUGGGACUCGCUGAGACCAGACGAUGUAGUCUUCCUUCUUGCCAUCCAGGCUCCCGCCUCCCAAAGCGCUACGAACGGAGAUAGUGCACACUCAGAAACCGAGAAGCUUGGCAUCAUCUCCAUUCGAUCUGCCGAGAUCAUUCAGAUCACUGACGACAAGGGCAAGGUGGUUCGAGAUGGUUCCGGUCACUACGACAGCCGUCGGAGAUUCCAGUUGAGACUGGAUUCCAGGACAUAUGCUGCGGAUGCCGAGCGCUCCUCUGCAAGUCCGCCCGAGGCAUACGAGCGGAUCAAUGUUAUCAUGCGUCGCAGCGGAAGAGAAAACAACUUCAAGCCCGUAUUGGAAUCUAUCCGCAGCUUGACACUUUCAGAGGUCCCGAUUGCUUCGUGGUUCCAUGAAGUUUUUCUCGGCUACGGCGACCCUGCCGGUGCAACCUACAAGCAGUUGCCGAACCGCAUCAAGACUAUCGACUACCGAGACACUUUCUUGGAUUGGCAGCAUCUUACUGGGAGCUUGCCAGGCAAGAUUGUGGAGCCGAGUGAUGAUGUUUCUGGCAGCUUCGGCCCUCCUUAUGUGUUGGAAACUGCCGAGCGUCAAGCCGUUGAACCCUCAUCAAAGCCAUCCAAGAAGCGUCGUCGGGACACUGAGCCUGCCUUGCUGGCUGAGGUGGAGACAGUGAAGGUAUCAACGUAUAAGCCGCCCAACACUGGCCCAUAUCCUGUCGACGCGCCGAAGUUAAACAAGGUGCGAUUCACUCCGGCACAGAUAGAAGCGAUCACAUCGGGAACGCAACCUGGUCUCACAGUCAUCGUGGGCCCUCCUGGAACGGGCAAGACGGAUGUCGCAACACAAGUCAUCAACAACAUCUAUCACAACUUUCCGGAGCAGAAGACGCUCUUGAUUGCACAUAGCAACCAGGCGCUCAACCAGUUGUUUGCAAAGAUUGUGGCCUUGGACAUUGAUGCCCGUCAUCUGCUUCGUCUGGGACACGGCGAGGAAGAGCUCUACACGGAAGGCAGUUUCAGCAAACACGGUCGUGUCGAAUCUUUCCUGGAAAACCGAGAUCGAUACUUGCUGGAGGUCAACCGUCUAGCAUCCAGUAUUGGUGCCCCUGGUGCUCACGGUAAUUCUGCAGAAACGGCCGGCUACUUCAACUCCGUGUACAUUGAGCCAGCGUGGACCAAGUUCACCGAAAUCACCAAGGCGGAAGAGGCCUCGGCUGCUGACAUUGUCGGCGCUUUCCCCUUCCAUCAAUUUUUCUCAGAUGCGCCGCAGCCCCUAUUUACAACCGAAGCCGACAAAGAAAGCAUCCUUGAUGUUGCUAACGGGUGCUACCGCCAUAUUGCAAAAAUCUUCUCUGAAUUGGCCGACGCCAUGCCAUUCGAGAUUUUACGCCGAGACAAGGAUAAGGCCAACUAUCUCCUGACCAAUGAAGCACGAAUCAUUGCCAUGACGUCUACUCAUGCAGCAAUGAGACGUGGAGAAAUCGCUUCCCUUGGAUUUCACUAUGACAACGUUGUCAUGGAGGAAGCAGCUCAGAUCACUGAGAUUGAAAACUUCAUUCCCUUGGCCAUGCAGAAGCCAAAGAAGGGGCAAAUGGGCCUGCAGAGAGUUGUCCUUUGUGGUGAUCACUUCCAGAACUCCCCAGUCAUUCAGAGUAUGGCAUUCCGGCACUACGCAAAUCUUGAACAGUCGCUGUUCUCGCGACUCGUCCGCCUUGGAGUGCCCACUAUCAACCUGGACCAGCAAGGCAGAGCUCGAUCAUCCAUUGCCAGUCUCUACCAAUGGCGGUAUCCCAAGCUGGGCAACCUGCCUCACGUGGAAAGCGAAGGCGAAUACUCUGUGGCGAACGCUGGCUUCAAGUACGACUACCAGUUCAUCAACGUCCCCGACUACAAGGGACGUGGAGAAACGGAGCCAACUCCUCACUUCAUCCAAAACCUCGGAGAGGCGGAGUAUGCAGUGGCUGUGUACCAAUACAUGCGCCUUCUAGGCUACCCGGCGUCGAAGAUUAGCAUUCUGACCACUUAUGCUGGCCAGCGAGCCCUGGUGAAAGACGUCUUGGCCCAUCGAUGCGCCGACAAGACCAUCUUUGGCAUGCCCAAGAUUGUCACAACCGUGGACAAGUACCAGGGCGAGCAAAACGACUAUAUCAUUCUCUCGUUGACCCGCACAUCAAGAGUUGGAUACCUUCGGGACAUCCGUCGCAUGACGGUUGCGCUUUCUCGCGCGCGUCUCGGUUUGUACAUUCUUGGCCGUCGUGAGAUAUUCGAGGCAUGCUAUGAGCUACGGCAAGCGUUCGACCAGCUCUUGGCUCGACCUGAUAAGCUCAUGCUUGUCACGGGCGAGCUCUACCAGACAGAGAGGCUGAAUGUUGAAGAUGUCAAGACUGAAGUCCCAGGAGAGGUUUGCAUGGAAGGAGUGGAGCAUCUUGGCCAGUACGUAUACCAGAUGACCAACACCAAAGUGAAGCAGCUGCAAGCCGAGGGCACGAUGGCUGGAGGUGGAGAGAUGGAGAUUCUCGAGACUCCGCUGGAAGUUGUGGACGAGGCGGAAGAAGAAGAAGGAAAAGGUGCCGCGGAGGCCAUCCCUGAUGGAGUUGAGGAGUGAGGAACAAGCAUGGCGAGGCGUGUUGAUGAGAUACAAGAAUGACGGCCAGAGCGGUGGUCAUCUAGUAGGAUAAUGACGGGAAUGGCUCAUUUCUACAGUGUUU